GUGAGGUUGAAAUUGAACCACAGAAAGCUUCCUUUCUUUCUCCAAGAAUGUCUCCCAGAAUACUCCAAGAAGCUUCACCUUCUACCAAGCCAGAGCACAAAUCUGGAGGAACAUUGUUUUACUUCCUAGGAGGAAUUGUUGUGCUAGCCAUAGUGUUGAUUUUUUUUUACGUACUUGUACUUCGGAAGCGUAUCAAACGGUCACCACAGGGUAUGACAGAACAGAAAGAGAUUCGAAAACACAUAGAAUCAGCAGAUAUGAUGAAGAUGAUAUUUUCAUCUAAUCAACAGUCAGGGUCCAAGGAGUUCUUUAGUGGGAACCUUAGGACAAUUAACUGCUUUGACUACCAGACAUUGAAGAAUGCAACCAUGAAUUUCCAUGCAGAUAAUUUUCUUGGAAGUGGUGGAUUUGGACCUGUUUACAAGGGAAAGUUGGCAGAUGGAAGAGUGAUUGCAGUUAAGAAAUUGUCUCUCAACAAGUCUCAACAGGGAGAAAAAGAAUUUCUGGUAGAGGUGAGAACAAUCACUAGUAUCCAACACAAAAAUCUGGUUCGUCUUCUUGGAUACUGCAUAGAUGGACCGCAAAGGAUACUUGUCUAUGAAUACAUGAAAAACAGAAGUUUGGACCUCUUUAUUCAUGAAAACAGUGAUCAAUUUCUGAAUUGGAGAACUAGAUUCCAAAUUAUUCUGGGAGUAGCCAGAGGACUACAAUACCUUCACGAGGAUUCACACCAAAGAAUUGUUCACCGAGACAUCAAAGCAAGCAACAUUCUUCUUGAUGACAAGUUUCAGCCAAAGAUUGGGGACUUUGGGCUAGCAAGAUUUUUCCCGGAAGACCAAGCUUAUCUUAGCACACAGUUCGCUGGAACACUAGGUUACACUGCUCCUGAAUAUGCCAUUAGAGGGGAAUUAUCAGAAAAAGCAGAUAUCUAUAGUUUUGGAGUUCUCUUGCUUGAGAUAAUCUGUUGCAGGAAAAACACAGACCACACUUUGGCAUCAGAAAUGCAGUACCUCCCUGAAUAUGCAUGGAAACUGUACGAGAAUGAAAGGAUAUUAGACAUUGUAGAUCCGAAGCUGCGAGAACAUGGAUUGGUAGAAAAGGAUGUUAUGCAAGCAAUACACGUGGCUUUCUUAUGUCUGCAGCCUGAUGCACAUUUGAGGCCUCCCAUGUCAGAGAUUGUGGCAUUGUUGACAUUCAAAAUUGAAAUGGUGACAACACCAAUGAGGCCAGCAUUUCUGGAUCGAGGAGCAAGAAAUGAUGAUGAUGAUGAGAAAGAACACAAGGGUUUAACAUCUCCCAUAUAACAUCACUGAAAUCUGUGUUCCCUACCCAUAUAUAAGGCUAUAGCCACAAAUCUAAACAAAAAAUUAUUGGAUUUGUUGGAUAAUUAGGGCCAUGAGAUCUUAAAGAAGGAGAGGAGAGAAGAGUUUAAAGAAAACUUCAUAGUGUAGAUUUCAUUUCCUUAAGUUUCUAUAGAUA